UCACCACCUGCUGUCAAAGAUUCCAAAGAUGGCGACGACAGGGAUGCUUCACCUCCGGCGCAUCUCCGCGGUGUCUCUGGCCGUGUGUCUCGGCUUUUUGAACGCGUUAAACAUGGCGAGCUGCGAUGAGCAGGUGCCGCUCAUAAUGUGGACCAGCGAGGGGACCUCUCUGCCCAGUCAGUCCCCUCCCACGGCGGGUCACAUCGUCGGGCAGCAGCAGCUGGCCUCGUACCUGGAGAAAGCACUGAAUGUGGGUCCAAGAAAUGUAGUGCUGUUCCUUCAGGACAAGAUGAGCAUCGAGGACUUCACCAUGUAUGGAGGAGCUUUUGGAAACAAGCAGGACAGUGUUUUCCCCAACCUGGAGGGCGCUCUGAUGUCCUCGUCCUCCCCUCUGGUGCUGCCUGCUGUGUCCUGGCCGGCCUCCAAUGCAGUGAUUGGUCAGCUACAGGAUCAAUUAGAAACGUCCCCUCUGUACAUGGACCCCGAGACGCUCAGUCAGCUGAGACUCAACGCCUCCUCGCCGGCCCUGCUGGUGUUCAGGCUGCCGUACGGCGUCGGGGCGGAUCUGAUGUCUGCAAAAGAGAUUCUCAGUGGAAACGACGAGGUGAUCGGUCAGGUGUUGAGCACCAUGAAGACGCAGUCUGUCCCGUACACGGCCAUCUACACGGCCCUGCAGCCCUCCAGGGAGGCGGCAUCUCUGUCCAUGGAGGCGGGGCUGGGGGGAGGACGCUCCCUCCUGCAGGCCAGAGGAUACAAAGAGAGGGAGAGGCAGCGCAAGGUCAAGGAGAAGCCCAAGGUCUACAGUCCAGUGGAGUUCAAGAAGGACGAUAAAACCUGCAUCCUCCUGUGGGCUAAAGGCCUGACGGUGAGCAUCCUGCGCGGCGGGCGAUGGGAGGAGCAUGACCUGACUCCAUCCACCUUCGGGGAGGGGGUCACUCCGGCCGUCAGCGGGUCCAGCUGUGACAGAACCAAAGCCAGGUUGGUUCUUGACUAUAAUAACGUGCUCGGACACGUCAGCUUCAAACUGAUCUUUGCUAUGAGCCAGCGUCACUACAAGGUGUCUGCCCGCCGCUGGUUCACUCUGGACGCCGUGGAGCUGGAGUACGACGGGACCAAAGCCACGUUUAACGGUAGCAGACACAUCUACGCCCCCGCUGAGUACUCCUACCGCUGUGAGUCCGUCACCAACUUCCGCUGGCCCCUGCUCGUCCCACGCUCGACUAAAGACCCGGCCAAUCAGUGGAGGGUCUCUUUUCAAGACUUUCAGAUCCAGGGCUUUAACGUGAGCGGCGGUGAUGAUUUCUCGUAUGCCAGUGACUGCGCAGGCUUCUUCUCUCCUGGUAUCUGGAUGGGUCUGAUGACCAGCCUUCUCAUGGUCCUGGUGCUCACAUACGGUCUGCACAUGAUCAUGCAGCUCCGCACCAUGGACCGCUUCGAUGACCCCAAGGGCCCGGCUAUCUCAGUGCCCCAAACAGAGUAACUCACCUGACUUCUUUACGUUCCAUCUUUCCUCCUUUCUGCCCCUCAGACACUUAUCUCCCUGCAAUGCUUCCACUCCCACCCUGUACAUUCCCCUCCCUGAUCAUCUGUAGUUGGGCAUUAUACAGGACUAGUUAGUGGUGUUGUCAGAAUAAGGGUUUAGUCAUCACUGCGUAUGUGUCGGUUUAUACUUAAAAUAUGCAUCCUGAGACUGACAAUCUCAUUUGUCAGGUAGUCCCAGCUUGUGCUUCCCAUGUAUUAGUGUCACAUUUUAGUCAAAGUGGGAAGAAUGGUGGUUUAGCAACAUUUGAAGCUGUUUUAAAGGUAUUUCCAGAAUGCUCAAAGUCUCAUCCAACUUAAAAUAUUCGCCUGCUGCACAGAAAGAAAUGGUAGUCAAAAGUAUCUCUAAGAUACUUUUUGCUACACAGAUUUGGUGCACCACAUUAAGACAGCAUCACCUUGAGGAACAGCAGAGAAAAAUCCAUGCUGUGAUUUGGUUUCAUAAACUUUUGUCAGUUUAGUAUUUUGUGUAUGGCAGAACUUGUGUUGUGUUGCCUGCUGAGAAAGCCCCUUGUUUUUAUUCUAGUGUCUCAGCCAGCCAUCCUCUGAAUGCUGUAGGUCUCUAGUUUGUGGUUGCAAAGUUUCAUGAGGCUGUGAUUAUCCUAGAGGUCACAGCAGCUCAUUUUAUACACUGAGCUCAAGUUUCACUCACUAACAUCAUCACACAUGAAGAACAUUGGGCUCAUUGAAUCCCCAAGAGUCUCAGCUUCCCAGUCAGACCCCAUUUAUGCAGCUCACACACUGUUUAGGGACCCCAGGAUGUACAAAUAUGCAAAACAUAACAUUUAUUUUUCCAUUCAACUGCAUGUUAUCAGCAUAAAGUGGGCAUGUCUGUAAAAGCAAAACUUGUGGGUACCCAUAGAACCCAUUUUCAUUUAGAUAUCUUGAGGUCAAAGGUUAAGAAUUUGUCAUUUUCCCCCUUGCUAAAAUUUAGUGUUAAAACAGUUUGUUACAGCUUUUUUUUAUCAUGAUGGCUAGAAGUGUCUCUGAAUUCUGGAAAUACCUUUAGGUUAUUGUUACACCACUUUGUGUGUUUUUCAAACAUAAUGCUAAUACAUGAGAGACAAGCUGGAGCUUUUUUCAGGUGGAUAAAUGACCCCCAUGAAAGGGAUACAAUUGUACAUAUCGGGCAAAAAGUAACUUAUGAAAAAUGAAUUAUGAAAUGCUAUUUAUUGGUGAAACUAAUUUGUGUAUGUGCGUGUUGACAAUAUGUUUGUGUCUGAGUAGACAAAUGAAGAACUUGCAUUUUAUGUGUGAAUGAUCGAUUAUCUUCUGCCUACAGUUAACUCUAGUAUUCUCGAUCAAAGGGACGAUUCAGAUAAUCUUGUUUAGUUUGAACGGACCACAAAUGUACAGCAUUACAGUCAGACAUUUCCAGUUGUUUGUGAAUAAUUUUCAUGGUUUUCCUCCCAGAACAUGAGCUAAAGUAACCGUUUAUUUUUGAACAAUGAUGUUUUUCUGUCAUGAUUAACAUAAACAUGAUACUUAUUUUUCAAGACAAGCUUUCUGCAACUGAUGUGCACUGAAAUAUGUUCAAUGUGAAUUUAUUAUUUUGCUGUUAAUUUAUUUUGAGUUUUGUAGUUAAUAUCAAUGAUGUAAGGUUCUGAAUGUGGUCUGUGUUGUGCUGCUGCUGUGACCCCAAUAAAACAUCUGUGGAAAUUAA